AUGCAGACCUCACUUCUUCGUGAGCUAGUUGUUGGAACUCCAGUAACACAUGGUCAGCUUCAAACGUCAGUUAACAGAUACUUACCUGGUCCUGCAACUCAAUGUCAAUAUUCAACUGCAACAUCAAAGAAAAUGAGACUGAGGACAAAUAUAUCUGAAACUGUCAAGAGAAAGUUAAGCUUAGGAGCUCGCAUUCUUCGAGUUGGUGGAGUAGAAAAAGUGUAUAAGCAAUUUUUUAGUGUGGGAGAAGGAGAGAGGCUAUUGAAAGUUUCCCAGUGCUAUCUGUCCACCACUUCCGGUCCUCUAGCAGGCUUCCUCUUCAUCUCCACUGACAAGGUUGCCUUUUGCAGUGAGAGAUCAGUGAAAGUCUUUACACAGAAAGGACAUAUGUUGAGGAUCCGUUAUAAGGUUGCUAUUCCAUUGAAGAAGAUCAAAUCCGUGAACCAAACUGAAAAUAUUCAGAAGCCAACACAGAAGUACAUAAAGAUUGUCACGGAAGACAACUUUGAUUUCUGGUUCAUGGGUGUCUUAAAAUAUCAGAAAACAUUCCAAUAUCUUCAGCAGGCAAUUUCUCAGGCCUAG